UUCUGCCUGUCACAGAAACACGGAACAGGAAUCGAGGGAACAGAUACGCGGAGCUACAGUUCACAGGUCGUUUUGUACUCUCUGCCAGCUCCUGAAAGUCCUUUUUUUUCUAUAGUCUUGGCAAACAGUGGUGCCUCUACACACCGCAUUAGAGCCUUCCGUCGCUGUUGCUGAAAACGAAAGUAAACUGAAGAGGGCCCUGAGAACCAUGGCGGAUAAUGUGGAUGAGGAAAUGGAGACCACGUCUCUCCAGCGGGACCUGACCUGCCCCGUGUGUCAGGGCAUCUUCAGGGACCCCAUGCUGCUGCCCUGCUCCCACAGCUUCUGCCGGGAGUGUCUGGAGGGGAUCGCAAAGUUUAGCAAGAAGUGCGCGGUGUGCAGGGCGGCGUUCCAAGACGGACAGGCCAUCACCAACCGUGCGCUCAAUAGCGCCUGCGAGACUUUCGAGCAGACGCACCGACCCAAACCGACCCAGGAGCGGCCCAGCGAGGAUACCUGUAACUUGCACCUGAAGCCGCUGGAGCUGUACUGUGAGAAGGACGAGGUGCCCGUGUGCGUGGACUGUGUCAGCCAACACAACAUGCACAGGCUGCUGUCGCUCAAGGACGGAGCGCCAAUAUGCAAGAGGGAGCUUAACUUCAAAGUCCAGAUUUUUGAAAAGAAAGUGGAAUCAUACAAGAAAAUGAAACACAAAUUCAGCAAUGCAGUGGAAUACAUCAAGUAUCAAGCCGGGCAGGCAGAGAAACAGAUCAAGGCAGAGUUUAAGAGACUCCACGAGGCGCUUGUAACAGAAGAAGCUCUGCGUCUGAAAGCGCUGGCUACUGAGGAAGAGGAGAAGAUUGCUAAAAUAGAGAAGCUGAUUGAAAGCACAAAGAAGGACAUUACCACUCUGGGCGAGCUCAUUGAGACGAUGAAGAAAGAGAUCGGCAACGAGGAUCUGCCACUGCUGCGGAAUUUCCAGGAUUUGAAAAGAAAAGCCCAGUGGAUAUCUCCUGAGCCGAGCCUUCGUGAAGACUCUCUGUUGAACAUGGGCAAACAUGUUGGUUCUUUGGGCUUCAACAUAUGGAAGAGAAUGCAGGCUCACAUCCAAUACUAUCCAGUGGUUCUGGACCCAAACACUGCCUCCCCGUGGCUGUCCUUGAGUGCCAACCUGACUAGUAUGAAGGAAAGCUCGGAGCGUCUGACCGCCCCCGACAACCCAGAGCGCUUUGAUCCCUGCGUCUUCGUCCUGGGUGCUGAAGGUUACACCUCUGGAAAACACAAAUGGGACAUCAUUCUUGGUGACAACCCUAAGUGGAUUGUGGGGGUAUGCAAGGAGUCAUUGGUCCGUAAAAAGAAGUUCACAGUCUCGACGAAUCGUGGCGUGUGGGCCAUAGCACUGAGCAAAGGGGUGUAUACCGUCCUGACAGCUGAGCGCACAGAGCUGCAGGUGCAGCAGCGUCCUGAAAAGAUUCGCAUCAAACUGAAUAUAGAUAAAGGAGAGGUGUCUUUCUUUGACGGGGGCACAGCAAAGCACUUGGUCACUCUUACGCACAAAUUUGAGGAAAAGAUGUUUCCUAUUUUUGGACCCGGGCUUCAUUCCACUCCCAUGGUUCUGGCUCCGGGAAAAAUUGCUGUACACACGUCAUAAUAGCCAAAGAUUAACAAUCAAGAUAAAUUGGACAACACAUUUCAACAGGAGUGAUUCUAAAUUCAUGUAGAACAUUUAUUAAAAGAUUGAAAUCCGACAAUGACAACACACUAAAAAUCAGAUUACGGAUGAACAUAAAAAGGAUGUUGUUGACUUUAAGAGUAAAGUUAGAAAUACAUGUCAGAAAUGUCACUUGAAAAAGUGUAUUGCUUAAAAUCAACUUUAAAGCAUGCGGACAGCAAAAUAAGAAAGCCAAAGAUACAUAUGUAAUGUAACUUCUUAGAGUUUUUCAUGCACACAGUGAAUUGCAGAGACUGAGAUGUGAUCAAGGCAUGACACUGACUUUUUUUCAGGGUCAGUAGAGAAUGAUGGAGAUUAGUUUUGCCCUUGUGCCUUUGCUGAAGAAAACUGGAUUGAACAAUCUUUUUUUUUACUAUGGGAGGGGGGGAUAGACAAGAGUAGAUAAUUACACUGAAAUAAGGAGCAGCAUGGCUGAUCAUGAUGAUGUUUUAAGAGCUAAUUAACCAGCCUCUCUUAAUUUGUGAUUAUGUUUCAGGACAUUCAGCCCUUCAUGUCUAAGACGCCUUAAAAAAAAGAUUUGGUAGAAACGUAUUUUAAAUUGCUUUCUUUUGUACUUUUGGGGAUGUUAUGGUGUUUAUUGGUUUGAAUGCAUUUGGAGAGAUUUUAUUUCUAUUUUGAAAUUGAAAGAAUGAACCGUCUUUAUGCUUAAACAUUUAGUUUUAAUGAAUUGCUUGACUGCUUUUAUAUGAUUUUGUUGCUCAAACGUUGGGAUCUUGUGGGUAUACGACUACGACUGCUCUCGGGCUGUGAAAUCACACACACUUCAAUUAAAUGCUCUAAAAUCAAA